GAACUUUUCUAAGAUGGCGGCACUUUUGCUGAAACUGAAGCAGCCGUACUGCAUCUACAUAUAUGCAUAUCUAUGGCUGGUGACCCUUGCUGUGGUAAAUGCAGCGAGCAAAGAGAAGUGGCAGCCCUUGGAAGACCUUUGUUUCCUGGUAUGCUGUAUGACUGCCGCAAAGAUUCUUUCAUUCCAGGUGUUAAUCUGUGGGAUGAAUCAUCAGUUAGUGAAGAUUUGGACAGCUGUCCACAAGCCCACACAGAUUUGAAAUUCGGAAGCUCUGACACGUUCUCUAGUAAGUUUAGUCUCCUGAAUGUAAGAGGUUCCCUGAAGACCAGUUUCUUGGGGGGCCUGGUGGAAUUGGGAGGAUCUGCCAAGUACCUGCAUAACACCAGAUCCUCAAACCAACAGUUUAGGUACAGUGAAACCACAAGAUUCGAACAGCUCAGUAUGAGCCCCAUGAGCAAGAUAACCUACCCUGAGGUGUUUGAAAUGAAAAAUGCCACUCACGUGAUCACGGCUGUGCUGUACGGCGCUCAGGCAUUCAUGGUGUUUGAUCACGAAAGCGAAAACAAGCAAACGAUUGAGAAUGAACUGAACGCCCUUGUCAAUAAGAUCCCUGAAUUAUUGGCUGAGGUAAAUGCAUACUUGAAGAUGACAAAUGCUGAAAAGAAAAUGGCUGAGAAGAUCUCCUGCACAUUUCAUGGUGACGUCCGCAUUGAGGAGAACCCCACCACAUACAUGGAGUCCCUGAAUUCGUACAAGCGGCUCCCUACUCUUCUGAAGGACUAUCCACAGAAUGCAGUUCCAAUAAAAGUCUGGCUUCAUCCUCUUUAUCUUUUGAACACGACAGCAGCUCGGUUAGAGAGAGAAAGCAGUACAAGACUGGCUUUCAAAACUGAAAAUAUAAUAGAUUGGCUGGAAGAGGCAGAGAGGACGUGCAAUGACCUGUUAAGACAUUCACUCGUAAUUAGUUUCAAAGACAUCGAAGAGAGGUUGAGCUCAUUUCACAAAUCGUUUAGCGUUUACAAGGCAAGGGUACUGAAUGCAAUUGGCAGGGUCUUGCCUGCUAUUCGAGGAGGAGACAUGGAGGAGAAGUCCCUGGAAGACAUCCUGAAGAUCCACACAAGCUCCCCGUUUAAUGUUGAGAAGCUUAACCAGUGGUUAAAUGAUGCAAAGUCUGAACUUGACAUCUUGAGCUCUGUCACCAAGUCACUGGAAGGGACUGAAAUUGUAGGCUCAGACAAUCUCAACACUGUCCUUGUUAAUCCUAAUUAUGUGGGAGUGUUAUGCUUGACCUUCACAUCUCUGAGGUAUAAAGACCCAUAUCUUUCAGCAUUGAAAGAGUUCCUGAAUAUUGAUAGGUUUAAAGAGCCAUAUGACGAACUAAACACGGUUACUGUGGCAUCUCGUGAAAAGUGGUUUAAAAACUCUGAUCUCAUUGAAUUGCUUAAAUCUAAUGCGCAUAUCUUCAAAAGUUUAUCAGGGCCGUAUCAGAGUUUUAAAGUCCACGGGAUUAUUUCAGACGUCUUUGAUCCCUCCAAUCCAGGCGCUUGCAUCUAUAUGUAUUCUCAGGGUAAACUAGAAAAAGAUGUGGGGAAACCUUUCAGAUUGAUUAAUAAAGCACUGGGCUGA